UUACCACGUGUCACGCUUGAAUUUGGCCACGUAGAGAAGAUAUUCCCAUCGCAUAUUUUUCUCCUCCUCCGCUGUUCUUGGGCUUUUUCGUCGUCGCAAGGGCUACAUCGUUCGUUCGCGGGGCGGAGAAUCUCCGAUAAUCUGUCCAUGGCGUCGCUAGCUGCCGCCGUCGUGCCAUCGCUCGUCGCGUCCUCGUCCAGGCCCCAAAUCUGCCACGCUCUCCUCGCCACUGGGCGACAAUUCCUCAGGCAGCGCUCGUCCGCGCUCCAGGCAUCGCCAUCCCUGUACAGUAGAAGCUCCGUCUAUGGGGCGACCAUCUCCAGGGCGCCAUCGCGGAGCCUCGCCACAGCCGCGGCGGUCGGCACCACCACCACAAAGCCGAGCAUCGCGGUCGGGGAGAGGAUUCCCGAUGGAGAGCUCUCCUACUUCGACGAGAGCGGCGCCAUCCAGAGCAUCAAGGUGUCGGACCUGACGAGCAAGAAGAAGGUGGUGAUCUUCGCCUGCGUCUCCGUGAACGAUGCCUUCGUCAUGAAGUCGUGGGGCGAGGCGCUGGGCGUCAAUGGCAAGAUCCUCAUGCUGUCCGACGGCAAUGGCAAGUUUACCCGCGAUCUGGGAGUGACCGUGGAUCUUUCGGACAAGGUGGAGGGAUUGGGAGUGAGGUCCCGGCGCUACUCGCUACUGGCCGAGGAUGGGAUCGUCAAGGUGUUGAAUCUCGAGGAGGGUGGUGCCUACACGGUGAGCAGCGCCGACGAGAUCCUCAAGGCACUCUAAGCUCCAAGAGCUACAUACGAGGUGAUAGAACUCCGUUUUACUUCGUUUUUGGCUUUGAUAGAUGAUCGAGCGAGCCUAGAGUUGGAAGCUUUCUUUCGCAAAAUAAAGACUUUUAGCAGGACGAUGAAGUUCUUGCGUGAUCAUCGGAAGUUUCUUUCGAAUCAAAGAAUGGCUUUUAUUUC